AUGGAACAAGAUGUUAUAAAUUUGAAAAACCAUACUACUCAAUAUAAAGUACUGAAAGAUGAAGAAAUAAAACAAAAAGCCCUGAAGACAUAUAUGGAUAGCGAUGAGUAUAAAAAAGAAGUUGAAGCAAAUGUAAAGGCAGAAAAACUUUUACAGUUGCAAAACCAAACCGUACAGUAUGAAAACUUAGCACAAGAAAGUAAAAAUAACGACGCAGCCAUGCAAAAGGCAAUGAAAAGCGCAGAAUAUAUAAAAGCUAAUAAUGACUGGUUAGAUGCCCAAGCCAACGCCAAAGCAGCCCAACUUAUAGGGUCAAUAAGGACAAAAAUACAAGCGGAUGAAGACAGUUCAAAUGAAGCUUUAAUGAAUGCUGACUUUAAGAACGCCCUCGAAGCUCUUCAUAGUAAGGUGAAACUAGUGAACGACUUCUCAUCUGGAAAGAAACUGAAGUCUGAAGGUUUCGACAAAGAGUUAAGAGAAGUAGCACAAAAUAUGACGAAAAUAACAGAUGCAGCAACGAGACAGGCAGUUCAAAGUGCCUAUGACGCCGUUAGAGCAACUGUUGUGGAAAGUCAAGAAAAAGAGUUACAACAGACCAAAACAGACCUAGUAAAUGCUUUCUUAAAAACGAAAAGUCAGGUAGGACAUUAUGCUGCAGAUGGAACAUAUGUGCCAGCUGGUGGAACUUAUAUACCACCAAACCCUCCAAGAGAAGCACCUGCACCAGGACUACCUAAAACAUUUACAUCGUCACAUGGACACAGACACAGGCAUGCACCAAAACCAACACAACAACCAACACAACAACCAACAGUUCAAAACACUGCACCACAACCAACAGUUCAAAACACUGCACAGCAACCAACAGUUCAAAACCCUGCACAGCAACCAACAGUUCAAAACCCUGCACAACAACCAACAGUUCAAAACCCUGCACAACAACCAAAACCAGCACAACAACCACCUCCACAACCAGCACAGCAACCAACAGUUCAAAACCCUGCACAACAACAACCACAAACAGAGCAAGGACAUAAAAGAAGUAGAGAACAAGGAAACCAAGAAUUCUUAAAAAUGCUUAAGGAAGACUAUGGUUACCCAGAUACUCUUGACUUUAGUGACAGAUAUAAAGAAGCUAUUAGAAAGUUCAAGGAAGGAAAUACUGACCCGAACCUAUUUAGCUUUAUGGUUCAGCACCAAAUGGGAUAUAAUUUCAAACCUGGAAAAUACAAGCUCGCUAAGGGAUAUGAUUUAAUAGCAUAUCAUCCAAAUGACAUGACUGAAUUUACUCCGAGAUAUUUGGUGUCAGAGCUAAAUGAUAAUUCAACUCUCUUCAUGAAACGCGUAAAAAAUAGAGACGGAACGAAAAAAGAAAGGUUUAUGAGUCCGGAUGACUUAGAUAGGGAACUUUUUAAAAACGGUCUCGGAAUAUAUGAAAUGCCAGCAGAUGAGGUACAAGAAACUCCACAGGAAGAAGUUCAGAUACAACCAGACAUGGAAGAAAUAGUUCAGCAACAACAGCUAGAAGAGCCUGAAGGAAACGAACAAGUCCCUCCUUUGGAAACUAACUUCACAGAACUAGAUGAAGAUUUGGAACAGCCGAAAAAUCUUGA